CAUUCACUGUUAAACCAGAAUUUAUGGAAGAACUAGAUGAUGAACAACAAAGAAUAUCUCUUGAAGCAGCAAUCGGUAAAAUGACUAACAUAGAUAAUAUGCUGGAAGUGAUGUAUGAGAUGAUACAAACCUAUGUACAAACAUGUCAUCUGGAAGACAAGCAUAAACAAUUGAGAGUAGUCUUGUUUGACUAUGUGUAUCAAACCAAGUCUGAGUCUAUUUUUUAUCUUUUGGAGCUGUUUCCUCCUGAUAUUAAACUAAGUCAAGUUGUUUGUACAUGGAAGGAAAUAGUCCAUCUUCAAGAUGCAACAAAGAAAAAGAAUCGCUAACUUUACAUAUAAUUAAUUAGGCCUUAGUGUUAUUAAUAGCCAACUUAGUACAUUGUUAGACUUAACUAAACUAGCUAGUAUAUAGUUCUAUUUGCUGAUUAAGUUUUUUUGCUGCUCUCUAAUUAUUAUUAACAUUUAACAAUUCUAUUAAUUGCUUUGUAAAAAA